AUGACUUUUCCAAAUUCUGUGUUUAUUUUUCAGGCAGUAGAGUUAACCCAAUGUAAACAUAAUAUAUUUGAAUAUGUAGAAUCUAAAAUGACAUUUAUAGCACCUAAUGUAUCUAUAAUAGUAGGAGCUUCUAUUGCUGCUAAAUUGAUGGGUGUAGCUGGAGGGUUAACCAAAUUAUCAAUAAUGCCAGCAUGUAAUAUCAUGGUAUUGGGUUCACAGAAACGAACAUUGUCUGGUUUCUCUUCUACAGCUAUAUUACCUCAUACUGGUUUCUUAUAUUAUACUGAUAUAGUCCAGAAAACACCACCAGAUUUAAGAAAGAAAGCUACAAGACUGGUAGCAGCUAAAUGUACUCUUGCAGCCAGAGUUGACAGUUUCCACGAGAGUACAGAUGGAUCUGUAGGGGAUAAUCUUAGAGCAGAAAUAGAACAGAAACUAGAUAAACUACAAGAACCUCCGCCAGUUAAAACUAUUAAAGCCUUACCAGCCCCUAUUGAACAAUCCAAGAAGAAACGAGGUGGACGAAGGUAA